AUGCGCUUCAACUUCGUCGCCGUGUCUGUCCUCCUCCUCGGCCUCGUCCACGCCAUGCCCUCGGACAUGGUGGCCCGCAACGAGGAUCUUUCCCUGGACGAGCGCGACGUCGUUACCCUCAACGAGCGCGGGGCACCUCUGGGCCAGCGCUGCCCGGUGGGCCAGACGGCCGUCUCCCUCGGCGUAGCCCCAACCCCCAACGGAUGCGGCACCAAGGCGAUCAAUGUCCCCGAGUUUAGCUUCCACGCGUGCUGCAAUGCCCACGACACGUGCUACUCGACGUGCUCGAAGAGCAAGGCCACGUGCGACACGACGUUCAAGACGUGCAUGAAGGCCUCGUGCACGGACAAGUACAAGUGGUACGACCCCCGUCGCUACGCGUGCAACGACGCCGCGAGCAUCUACUACACUGCCGUCCACCUCGCUGGCGAGCCUGCCUUUGACAGUGCGACUAAGAAGCACUGCAAGUGUGUCUAG